AUUACACAGAACAGCUCUGGGGGCUGCUGAAGUCCAGAAUGAAGCAAAGAGCAGCAGAAGCGAGUGCUGCAGUGGGAGCGGAGGAGCCCAAGCAUCACCAAGAGCCUGAGUCGGCUGCUGUCCCCACUGGGAGCGACCAGGGAGCCCUGUCCCCUCCAGGGGACAUCCUAGGGCACAGACACCGAGCCUGCUGCCUGCUCCUCCACAGCCAGCUCUGGGCAAGGAGUGUGGAAGGGUCCAGUGGUGUCAGGAACACAGGGUUAAACUCAGCUCUCCUACGGACGAGGCUGGAGGGCAGUGGAGUCAGCCCUGUCAUGGUCCCAGGGCGCUAGAAGCCCAAACGGAUCCACCAGGAAGGGGUGAAGGAUGGCUGCUGGAGGAGAGAGAGCCAAGCCUGCUGUGCAGUCCAGGAUGGAGAACUUCCGAAAGGUGAGGACGUCGGAGGAGGAGAGUCCAUUGCCCUUCUCUGACCUGCCCCCAGACGUGGUGGAGAUGAAAGUGAAGGAAGGCAGCAAGAUCAGGAACCUGAUGAACUAUGCCAUGGCCCAGAUGGAGCUGAAGGGCAGGAGGCAGAUCGUCUUCAGCGGCUGUGGCCGGGCAGUCACCAAGACCAUCACCUGUGUGGAGAUCAUGAAGCGGAAGCUGGGGGGGCUGCACCAGGUCACCAAGGUACGUUACAAAACCCUGCUGGAGGUCUGGGAGAACCAGGACCCGCUGCCCGGUGGCCCGGCGCAGAACCUGACCGUCCACAAGAACGUCCCCUCCAUCUGCAUCCUGCUCUCCAGAGACCCGCUGGAUCCCAACGAGACAGGCUACCAGCCCCCGGAGCCCGCAGCCGGGCUGCAGGCACAGCCUGGAGAGGCAGCAGAAGACGUGUCGGGGUCCUCCAGCAAAGGGCUGAAGCGGCCCCUGCCACCUCCCUCUGAGGAGCUGCUGACCAAGAAGUUGCAGGUACAGGGAGCAGGCGAUCCGAGGGGCACGGGGGCCAGCGACCACCAGCCAGACCACCACCAGUGACUCCUCCAUCUCCCGCCCUGAGCAGCCGCACGCCGGGUCUGAGGCAGGAGAUUGUUACGCUGGAGAACCCGGGGCUUUGUUAGCUGCUUGGCUGUGGAUGAAGGCAGGGGGAAGCCUCUCUCGGGCUUGCUCUAGGGUCACUGAUGUGCUGCAGGCUCCACUCAACACGUCCCUGCUCGCUGCUGCUGCUCCAGCUGACC